UUCGAAAAUGACCGUGUCUGCAUGUGCUGCAAGGUUACAGUCUUAAACGCAGCGGUGGUCGUGCAGCGAUCGUGACUUUGGGCUUGAGCAGGGCAGGCACAUUAAAUCAGUGUAACUCUUUGAGGCCAUGAUGGAUCAAGCCAGGACAACAAUAUCAAAAAUUUUCAAUGGGGAGCCACGAUCAUACACACGCUUUAACCUGACCCAAAACAUGGAGGGCGGCGACAGCCAAGUGGAGAUGAAGCUCUCCUCUGAUAUGGAUGAAGACAUGGAGGCUAAUGGAGUUGGGAGAAACACAAACCAACAAAAUGGUCCAUAUUACCCCAGCAAGCUAAGCCAGCGCUCUCCUAAAAACAUUUGUAUCUCUGUCAUUGCCAUUCUGGUCCUCUUUAUUAUUGGAUACCUCAUUGGUUAUCUGUCUAAUAGAAGCACAGACAAACCAGUAAUAAACCAUACAAAUUGUCCGGUCACUGAGAACAUUAUUCCAGAACCGGUUUAUUCUUUGGACUGGAGUGAUCUUAGAGAUUUGCUGAAGAAAAAACUGACAACCUCCAACAUUGAGAGCAACCUCAAGGAAUUCUCUAGUUACAGUCAUCAGGCGGGAACGGCUGGAGAUGAGGCACUCGCUAAUAAAGUCAUGGGAAAAUUCAAAGCUUUAGGAAUGAGUCCCUGGACCGAUGAGCACUAUGUUAAAGUCCAAGAUCCUGGUCUCUCAUAUAACAGAGUGCUGUUCCGUGAUAACGUUGUGGGAACAACCGAGAGCUAUUUGGCGUACAGUGCAAAUGGUACAGUGAAGGGUCCAGCUCUGUAUGCUCAUUAUGGGCGAGCUGAGGACUUCAGGCAACUGCAAGACAGGAACAUUGAAGUGAACGGAAAGGUUGUCUUGGUCAGAGCUGGACUACUAAGUUUUGCUGAAAAGGUUGCUAAUGCUGCCAGCUUGAAUGCUAGUGCUGUGCUAAUCUAUCCAGAUCCUCUGGACUACAAAAUUAAAGAUGACACUGCUCUUUUUGGUCAUGUUCAUCUCGGCACUGGUGAUCCCUACACUCCUGGAUUUCCUUCCUUUAAUCAUACCCAGUUUCCCCCAGCUCAGUCUUCUGGUCUUCCCAGCAUUCUGGCCCAGACUAUCACUGCAAAGCAGGCUACUGAGAUUAUGAGGCAGUUGGGUGGUCAGAAUUCUCCUCGGGGCUGGAGUGAUGGAAUGCUUCGGAAUGUCCCAUACCAGCUUGGUGAUAAGGACAAUAUCACAGUGGAAGUGAACAAUGUUCUUACCCAGAAGAAAAUCCACAAUGUGUUUGGAGUCAUUAAAGGAUAUGUAGAUGCAGACCGUUAUAUUGUGAUUGGAGCCCAGAGAGAUGCCUGGGGCCCUGGAUUUGCCAAAAGCACAGUUGGCACUAGUUUGUUGGUGGAGUUGGCCAAAACUAUCUCUGACAUGAUCAAGAAUGAUGGAUUUAGGCCAAGAAGGAGCAUGGUGUUUGCUAGCUGGAGUGCUGGUGAAUUUGGGAGCGUUGGUGCCACCGAGUGGUUGGAGGGCUACCUGGCCUCCUUGAAUAUGAAAGCGUUUACUUUUAUCAACCUCGAUGGAAUUGUUUCAGGCUCUGAAACUUUCAAAGCGUCUGCCAGUCCACUCCUGUACGAGUUAAUUGAGAGUACUAUGAAACAGGUCUCCUCUCCAACUGCAACCAAAACUUUGCAUGAACAGUUUGCUGGAUCCAGUUGGGAGAAGUCUGUAAUGGAGCCCAUAGAUUUGUCUGACUCUGCCUAUCCAUUCCAGACCUUCUCUGGCAUCCCAUCAUUUUCGUUUCGAUUUACUUUGAGUUCAAAAGCGUACCCAUUUGGCACUAUUGAGGAUACCUACGAAAAUCUGCAGCAGUACACUUCCUACAAUACUCUCAAACUGGUCAAGGCAGCAGGUGAGGUGGCUGGGCUGGUUACUCUUCGGCUGGUACAUGACCACUUGCUCAAGCUGAGUGCUGUGAAAUAUACCAGUGUCAUCCGUGACUAUGUGUCCCAGAUCAGCUUUAAACUUCAAAAACUCCACAGCUCUGGACGCCUUUCGGAAACGGUGACGAUUCAGUGGAUUCUGUCAGCUCUGGGCUCGUACGAUCGUGCUGCUAGUGCUCUUGCUUCCACUGUUCGGAACAGCGAUCUUGAAGAUAUGGAACAGUGUCGCAUCAUCAACAACCGCAUUAUGAGGGUGGAAGGGAGUCUGCUCUCUCCCUUCGUAUCUCCCCGGGAGAGUCUGUUCCGGCACGUUCUUCUCGGCUCUGGCUCGCACACACUAGCAGCUCUAGUGGAUCACCUUGACGCUAUUAACAACGGCCUCGAAUCUGCUGACGUUGACCAACUCAAGAACCAGUUUGCUUUGGCCACCUGGACCAUCCAAGGCUGUGCUAACACACUUGCAGGGGACAUAUGGGAUUUGGAUAAUGAAAUUUAGGCAAACAGAUCCAGCUCACCUCUUUAAUUAUAUGCCGAGUCUGAACCAUCCCUCUGUACAAAAAUAAGAUGAAUGUAGAGAAUCCCAUAAUUGGUGCUUUAUUAACAUAAAUCUAUGAUUACAGGUUUACCUCAGUAUUUUUCAGUGAGACCGCAGUCAAAUUUAUAUUAAAGUUUUAGUAUGUGGGAUCAUCUUUUUAUUUAUUUUUUAUUUUUUUUAAUUUUUUUAUAUAAAGUAAGUUCAAUUUUAGAUGAUACUCUUGUUACAAAUUUGGAAUUUAUUAUUUUUGUUUGACAUAUUAAGACUCCUUAUAGGAACUUCCUAAAAUAAGUAAUACCUGAACAUGUGUUAGAUGUGGAUGAUUUAUUUAUAAAGGCAAGAACUAGUCAGACCAUCAGUCACUGUCAUUUUAAUGUCUGAAACUUACCUGUGGAGUUCAGUACUCGUAAAACUCCUGUAAAAGCGUAGUAUUUCCAUCAAUUUUUUGGUUGGAUGCUCUUUAUUUUGGGUAAAUGUCUAUUUUCAGAUCAAUUCUGACAAAUAAUCCAAGAUCUGAGUAGGAGGCUUUCCUAUGUGGCUCUGAAAUCUCUGUUUAUUAGUAUGUUUUUUUUUUUAUUUUUUAUCAGGGACAGAGAU